AUGUCCCAACCUAGUGCCUAUACCGCAGGGCCCUCUUCGCUUCCUCCGAGCUCCCAACCAGACCUCUCCUACGUCGACGAUAUAUUUGAUCCUAACCUUGAUCUAAAUAUUGAUCCUAGUCUCUUUAACAGCCAACAGACUUCUAUAUCAGUGAUAGAGUCUGAGUUCACUCAACCGGCCCUUCUUAAUUGCUCCCUCAAACGUAUCGGCCCCGAUCGGAGAAAGCAGUUUAUCCUCUACGACGCGAUGAACAACACGUCUAAAGCAAAGUUUAUUGAGUGGUGGCGCACAACAGUACGCGGCAGCGAUACUAAGACACAACAAAGGCUACGAUGGGAUGCAAAACACACAUCGGAUGUCUGGGAGAACUUCGACCAGGUAGCACAUUAUGUUACAGGCGAACCUUUGGUUAUGUGUCGGACUUGUGGGGCCACACUGCCUCAUCCAAGCGCGAAGCAAAGCGGCACUAACACACUAAAGCGGCAUAUGACCUCAGGUAGAUGCCAAAAGGGUGGUAAAAGCAAGUCUACACAACGGUCGAUUAAAGAGACUAUACAGCAUAUAUCGACCAAUAGAACGAAACUUGCGCCUAUCCAAGAUGUCCGUACACGCUGGAAUUCAACCUUCCUAAUACUUCGUCGUGCGAAACGCCUUAGCAAGCCCUACGAUGAAUACUGUGAUAAUAUUGGGACCCAGAAAUACAAACUUAGUAAGGCAGAAUGGCGGCAGGUCGACUACCUUCUGUAUAUCACAGAGCCUUUCUACCGCUUUACCACAGUGCUUUCAAAGACCAAAGAAAUAACGGUACAUCAUGUUUUUGGUAUUUAUAACGCCCUCUUCGAGCACUUCGAGGAAUCGAUCGCACGACUCACUCCGAAAACCAUACCUUGGAAGAAGGCGAUGCUACAAGCCCUCAAUGCUGGGAUGGCAAAGCUUUCAUCUUACUACACAAAGACGAAAGAGAUCCAUGGUAGUCUCUACGCGAUUGGAACAAUUCUUGCACCCCAGCAUAAGCUUCACUUCUUCUCAAGUAAGGCGUGGGGUACGUCGGAGAACGACACAAAAUGGAGUGAUCAGUACAAGGAAACGCUUCGCCAGUUCAUAGCUCCUUACGCCCAAAGACACACCCAGACACAAUCCCUACGAGGAGAGCAACCCCCCUACCGUCACUUAGCCAGUACAAGUGACCUAGACGCUCUCCUCGACCUUCGGCCUCACAUUCACUCCAAUCUAUCAACAUCAGAGCACGAACUCGCUAGAUAUCUUGAAAAG